AUGCUACCUGGUCAGCGCACGGCCGGCCGGUCUAAGAAACCAUCAGGGCGAACGGUGGUCUUGGAUACAAAGGAGGAGGGCCCACCCCAAACGCCAGAUGGCGAAGCCAAUGGCAACGACAGGCCGUUGACGUCUCCAAUUUCAACACCAACACCGACGUUUCAUCGAGAAGUCUCUGUCAGCAGGGAUGAUGCUUCCUGGAGCUUCGAGCGGAUUGAGCGGCGUCCGCGAAGUGCGGCUCGAAGGAAGGGCGGCGCUCGUGCCAAGAACCCCUUCAUCGAGUACGACGUCCGCGAGAAGAGGCUGAAUCAGGAACGCAAAUGGCUACAAGAAGACUCUCGGUUUCUUGAGCAGCGAAGAGAAGAACUUCGACUGGGUGCCCUGUUGAAUCAGCUGAACAUUCAGAAUGAUCCAGACGAUCAGCUCUAUGAGAAUCGCACGUUCUACGGCCCGCAUUCUAUGGCAAUGAAGGCCACCAAGGCGAGACGAAAUCACAGGGCGCGUCCGCGCACGAACUCGGCGCCAAUCCCCGAACGCCCUCCCAAGGAGGCUGUCGGCGGCCGCAAGUUCCCGAAGGAGCGCGCCACUGCUGCUCUAAAAUCACUGUCGCAGGCUGCGAGUCUGCGAGUUGAAGACUUGACACUGCUCAGAAAGUUCAGGCUGCAGUGA